AAGUCAAAACAAAAACACAUGAAAAUUUUCAAUUUCACAAAAAAUCAAAAAAAUUCUUUAAAAAUUGAAUUCUGAGACAAAAAUCAACUUAAAAACUUCUCACCGUCGCCUUUUGUGUAAUUUACACACAAAAUCCCCUAAAAUCCAGCGACACUAACCGUAAAAAAGCAAAAAAAAAAAAUGUCAUCUCGCCUUUACCCGCUGUACAAAGCUGGCAAUCCGCAACUCCGAGUCUUCCUGCCGAACUUUUGGAUGAAAAUUGUGCGUCCCGCACACGAUCAACCGCCAAAUGUCGUGACGUUCUCGUGCAGCAUGGAAAUGACGAAACACGACAUCAAAAAUUACCUCGAGAAAAUCUACGAAGUUCCGGUGAAACGCGUUCGGACCCGCAUUGCGUUGGGAAAAGUGCGUCGGCAACAAGGCGUUGGAACGAUUAUCAAGGACGACGACGAGAAACUUGCGUACGUGACGCUGCCGCGAGACAUGAAAUUCGAAUUUCCCGACAUUUUUCCGGAAAAGAAGAUGACAGAACAGCGCAGCGAAGAGUCGAAAGCGAUUAGAGACAUGAACGAUAAUUACAAAAAAUACGUCGAAACGAAAAAAGAUCGCAAAAAUCUGCCUGGAUGGUUCUCAUAUUGAGGCUUUUUCGUCGAAAAUUUAGUUAAAUAAAUAAUUUUUAGCAAAAAAAAUAUUUUUUUUUAUGAAAA